AUGUACGAAUUUGAAGCGCUAGACCAUCCAGAAUGGUUAGCCAACGAUCCUGAACUCAAGAUUCGGAUUGAUUUUGACAAAGAAGACAAGACGUUAACGAUUGAGGAUAACGGUAUUGGUCUAUCCAAGCAAGAAGCCAUCGAUCAUUUGGGCACCAUCGCUAAAAGUGGUACCAAAGAUUUUGUCAGUAAACUCAGCGGUGACCAAAAGCAAGACUCCAAUCUAAUCGGUCAAUUUGGAGUGGGGUUUUAUUCUGGAUUCAUGGUAGCUGACAAAAUCACGGUGGAGUCUCGUCGAGCUGGAUUACCUGAAAAUGAUGGGGUACGCUGGGUGAGUGGUGGUUCUGGUGAUUUUGAAGUGGAAACCAUUGAUAAACCAAGCCGUGGUACCAAAGUUAUUUUGCAUUUACGGGAUGAUGCAGAUCAAUACCUUAGUUUCUGGAAAAUCAAAGAAAUUGUUGGAAAAUACUCUGACCAUAUCUCUUUACCGAUUGAAAUGCGUGAAGAAAAAUGGGUUGAAGGGCCUUGGAUUGAUCCUGCUGAUGAGAGUAAAGGACGGGAGCCAGGCAAGAUGGUCGUUUUGGAUACUUGGCAGAUGGAAAGCCGCACAGUUAAAGCCAUCCGUGAUGGAUCGACAAAACGAGUUCUUGGCGUUUUGGAAGAUUUGGCCAAUCGAAACGAAUUGCCAACUGAAAACGCAGCACAGGGUGCCUCAGCUGAUGAGGUGAUCGACGCAGUGACCGAAGAAGAUAAAGCGAUGGCAGGAAAAUAUGAUCAAUUUUAUCAGGCAUUUGGCGCGGUUUUGAAGGAGGGUUUAGGCGAGGACUUUGCAAAUCGUGAUCGUAUUAGUCGUUUAUUACGGUUCCAGACAACCUUAUCUCAAGGAAAAAUGAUUUCAUUUUCAGAUUACAAAGCACGCAUGCCUGAAGGUCAAAAAGCGAUGUAUUACAUCACUGCCGAUAGUUUGGCUCAAGCGCAAAAUAGUCCGCAAUUGGAAGUCUUCAAGAAAAAGGGGAUCGAAGUUCUGUUGAUGACCGAUCGGGUCGAUGAAUGGGCUUUAAGCCAUCUUCAUGAAUUUGAUGGAGUUCCACUAAAGAGUGUUGCAAAAGGCGCGGUUGAUCUUGGAGACUUACAAAAUGAACAGGAAAAGGCUGCUGAAAAAGAAGCACAAGAGGCUUUUAAGUCUUUGUUAGAUCGACUAAAAGUUAGUUUAAAAGACAAAGCUCAAGACGUCCGCAUCACCAGUCGCUUAGUCGAUAGUCCUGCGUGUUUAGUGGUUUCAGAUUACGGCAUGAGUACCCAGUUAACCCGCUUACUCAAACAGGCUGGACAGCCAGUGCCAGACAGUAAACCGAUUCUUGAAAUUAACCCUGACCAUGGCUUGGUCAAAAAGCUGGAAAAUUCUGCGCAAUUUGAUGAUUAUGCACAAAUUUUGUUUGAUCAAGCUUUGUUGGCAGAAGGCGGUGUCUUGGACGAUCCUGCUGCCUACGUGAGACGGGUUAAUCAAUUAUUGGUGUAG